GCCACCUGGAGGAAGCCCCUCUCCGGGCUCCUCUGGGCUUGCCUUUGCUGCCUGAGCCCCAGGUGCCCGAGGGGAGCAAGAAGGACGGAGAGAGAGCCUGGCCCCAGAAGGGUGGCUGCUUGAAGGCUUUUCACCUGCAAAGGGAGCGGGUCCCCAAGUCUGCCUCCUGGGGAUGUGGGUGGGUGAGGGAGGGACAAUAGGUUUGGUAUCAUUUGGAACACGUGGUGGAGAUGGGAUUUUUGGUGGUCAACAAAAUGUAACUUUUUGGCAUCCCCUUUCAUACCUGAAGAGGAUGAUGAGGAUUUUAGGACCACACACACACACACACACACUCUCUAUAGAUAUAUGUUGCAAUGUAUUGGAUUAAAGGGUUGUAAGCAAGGAUUAAGUUCUCAUUUUUCCAGUCUAAUAUCAGAGACGAGGCCAAUUGGUGCUAGAAGGCACUGAGGUACACACAAAAACUUUUGUGGUGCAGUCUCCAGGGUUUCAAGCCCAGGCUUUCAAGUCCCAUGGACUCAGUAAGGCUUGCUGACAGGGAAGAGUGUGUCGACUUGUGUCUCAGGCUGUUCCUGUUUAUUUUAGGCUGCAGUCAUAAAAACUUUUUUUUUAAAAAAAAUGCCCUGUGCUUACGCUCCAUUGAAAACAGCAGGAGUUAAUUCAGAAUAAACAUGAAUCAGAUGGCACAUUGUAUCCAUUGUUGCUCUGUCAAAAAGAGAGUAACAGAUAUCUGACAGCAACCUGUGAGCAGGCUCUAGUAUUAGUAUCUUGCUUAAAUCUUCUCCCCCCCCCUUUCUAAUUUUUUAGGAACUUGUGCCUUUUGUCCAAGUAAAACUGGUUAAAAGGGGGGAGAAAAUCCUUAUACUUCAGAUGAUGAAAGAAAGCGAUGGGUCUCUCCAUUCCCCACAUGGCCAUUAGUAUUGGUUCUCUUUAUAUUACUGCCAAUGAUCUGUUUGGUUUUUAGUUUGCUUUGCUUUACUGUGUGAGGGCAUAGCAGCAUUCUUGUCUCUGAAAAGGUUUGGUGAUGUUGUAGUAUCAGAAAUACUCACAGUGCUUUUUGUUGUGAGGCCAAAUAUGAAAUGAAAAUAAAUGUUUCACUUUUGUGUCUUUAUACAGACUUCAGACUGUAAGAAUAGAUUCAUAUGUCUUUGUGGCAUUUUGGCAUUGUACAGAAAUAAUCAACAGUAUUCUUGUUGGAUGGUUACUGGAAUUCUAAGGCAAUUUUGUUUUAUAUUUAGAUACUAAAUUUCUUUCAAGUCAUCAUGUUAAAAUGAGAAGUCUACAGAGUUCAUAAGGACAUCUUUAAGUUGCAACAUCGGCUGAAACACAAUGUUCACCUCCAUCCUUUGCUCUGGAAAGUUGUAAGCUGCUCAUGUCUAUAAAGAGGAAGCAUGGCUCAUGGAAUUCCUUCACAAGGCAAAGUUACCAUUUCAGUGGAUGAAUACAGUUCAAAUCCAACCCAGGCGUUCACACAUUACAACAUUAACCAGAGCAGGUUCCAGCCUCCACAUGUACACAUGGUUGAUCCAAUUCCAUAUGACACCCCGAAACCAGCAGGCCACACACGGUUUGUCUGCGUGUCGGACACACACUCCAGAACAGAUGGAAUCCAGAUGCCUUAUGGGGACAUCUUGCUUCAUACAGGCGAUUUCACUGAGUUGGGCCUGCCUUCUGAGGUUAAGAAGUUUAAUGACUGGUUAGGAAACUUGCCAUAUGAAUAUAAAAUAGUGAUUGCUGGAAAUCAUGAACUGACAUUUGAUAAAGAAUUCAUGGCAGACCUUGUCAAACAGGAUUACUACCGCUUUCCCUCUGUGUCCAAAUUGAAACCAGAGGACUUUGACAAUGUUCAAUCACUUCUGACAAACAGUAUUUACUUGCAAGAUUCUGAGGUAACAGUUAAAGGAUUCCGAAUAUAUGGUGCCCCUUGGACACCAUGGUUUAAUGGAUGGGGCUUUAACUUACCCAGAGGUCAAUCUUUGUUGGACAAAUGGAAUCUUAUUCCUGAAGGUAUUGACAUAUUAAUGACCCACGGACCUCCUCUUGGUUUUCGAGACUGGGUUCCAAAGGAGCUGCAAAGAGUUGGCUGUGUGGAACUGUUAAACACAGUACAAAGACGAGUAAGACCAAAACUCCAUGUCUUCGGUGGAAUCCAUGAAGGUUACGGCAUUAUGACAGACGGUUACACGACGUACAUUAAUGCCUCAACAUGUACAGUCAGCUUUCAACCAACCAACCCACCAAUUAUAUUUGACCUUCCAACUCCACAAGGAUCAUGAAGCACUACUACGUUGGGGGAAGGUCUAUAAACUGCCAUUUUUCUAAUUAAAAAAACAUACAUUCUCCUAACAUGUCUCUUUACAAAUAAUGUGGGGCUUUUUUUUGUAAAUUGUUGGUACAAAAGAAAUAAAAAAAACAGAUAGAGGUUGUGCUUUUUUUUUUUGGAAAUGCAGCAUUCAUUUAAAAUUUAAAAUAAAGCAUUGUGAAUUUGUAAAAUGAAGUUUUAUGUUUUCAUAAUUAUCUUGCCAUUGUAAAUUGUUAGUGUUCUCAAAGGACAGCCAAGCUUUCUUUUAAUGAGUGAGACACCUUAUUUUAAUAUUAUUAAAUAAGAGUUUAAAAGGCAGUGUUUAAAAAUAAACACACCCAAAUUUGCACAACUGUUAUUGUUUGAUUUUUUUUAAAAAAAAUAAAUAUGUCUAAUGAUAAAAUGCCACCCUCUCCUCUUCUUUCAUUUUAAUUAUGACAAAUAAGCUCCCUAGCCCAGAUGUUUUUUGUGUGUUUCUGCACAUAUGUGGGCCACAAUCCAGCAAAGAGUAAGAUAUGCAUAAAUGUGAUGAAAUAAAUGGGCUGUGGCCAUGGAACCAUAUUCAUUUUGGUGGAUAAUGGUUUAUAUUAGAGUGUGUAUCAACUCACUCUGUUGAGAACAAUGGAGAAUUCAUUCUUGGCUAAAUCCAUCAGAGUUCCUGUGCCCAGUGCAGAUUGUUCGAUCAGGUGUUAAUCAAUUUGCCCACUGAUACAUAUGCAUACUGUAUACUGUAAACACUGCCUGUUAACAGUAAUGCAUCAGUAAGGGGGAAAUAGCCUUCUAGAUUUAGUUUGUCUCUGGCUGCAAUUAGAUAGCAGCAUCUUGUAUGUGAUUAUCUAAAUUGUCACUGUUUGGGUGAAUUUCUUAAAUUAUUUUAGCUUUAAAAAAUACGGGGAUGAAAACUGCAAUGAGCAGGUGUUCCAUGCAGUAAAAACAUGUAAAUGCAGACUCCUUUUAAAUAUGGAUUUUUAUAUAUAUUUUUUGUGCAUUAUAACUAAGUGAGGCAUUUAAUAUUGCCAGUGUAGCAUCUGCAAGAUUAUGCUGUACAGCACAUCUAAAUUAUGACAGAUGUGACACAUUUUUUCCAAGUGCUCAAGGCCUUCAAGAGCUUGAGUUUAAAAUCUUUGUGCAGUUUCAGGCAUGUAUAGAAUCAAAUGAAUACAAUCAAGCCUAACUAAAAUAAGGCUUUGUUGUCCUUUAUAUUUAAAUAUUCUUGAAUUGUCUUUCCAUUUCUUUAUUUCCUUUUUUUUGCACUGUGUGUAAAUGCAAUCUUGCUAGCACAAAAUAUUGUUGCAAAUAGUUAUUUCUGUUCUACCACUGUAAAUGCUAUUGAGCUUUAUUCUGUUUUAUGUUAUCUUCAUGGAAUUUAGGAAAGCAGUUGUUUCUUUAAAUUUAUUGCGAUAUUAUAUAUCUAGCGGCCUUUGUAUGCAAAUAAAAUUGCAAGAUUUUUAAAUA